AUGAAUGACAUGUGGGGUGGUGGUGGUGUCGGUGUUGGGCAACAGCGCCCUUUUACAAUUGAUUUCGACACCCUCGACUAUGAGGUUAAUAACAAAAUCGUUAAAAACCUUGAUUUCAAAUUGAUACCGUAUAAAAAUCAUCAGGCCAUCAAUGGCACAAUGUUAUUUCGCACGGACGUUAAUGGCAUACGAAUUUUGAAUUGGAAUUGGAAAAUUUACAAUGUCACGGUAAAUGGUUGUGAUAUUUUGAUCAAUAAAUACAAUAAACUGAAUGUAAUAACGGAGGCAGUGAUCCAAAGGAUAAAACAAUCAAUGCCAGGGCUGCCCAGCAAAUGUCCUUUAAAUAAGGGAGUUGAAUAUCCUUUGUUAAAUUUGUAUUUGGACGAAGAACGGUUUCCAGUCUAUAUGUCGAAUAUAAAAUUUGAAACCUCCUUUAUUAUGUUAAAUUAUCGGGAAUUGGUUUUUGAUCUUAAACUGAGUGCCCAUGUUGAAUCGAAAAUCGGCAAAAGGAUGGGAAAUCAAACGUCUAAAAAGCCAUAA